AGCUGAAGGUCCGGUUAUUCUCCGGUGCCGUGCGCGUGUGGUGAGAGCUGCAGAGGUGUUUUAUCAUCCUGACGGCGAUAUACUGUGUUUACCGUCACAGCUGAUGAGCGAACAGCAAAACUUAAAAAGUGGCCCGCUGGUCCCGCGUGUGUGAGGUGUGGAUGGUGGAUGAUGAUUAUGAUGAUGGGAAUGAGGAAGACAGUGGUGGUCCCGGGGCAGGAGCUCGUGCGUGUUGUACUCGCGUGCGCGCUGUUCGGUUCCGUCAACGCGCGGAGCUGCACCGAGUCCCGGCGCGCGUAUGGAGAGCGGGGCUACAGCGCGAGCGCUGCACCCCUCAACGCCAUAUCCGGUGAACACCUGCGUUUCUGUCCUCGUGAUUACACGUGCUGUACAAGCGUGAUGGAAGAAACACUGAUACGGCAGAGUGAAGCUGACUUCCUGUCUUCUGUUGAGGAGACCAGUCAGUUCCUGCUGACAAGCUUCACCCACACACACCGGCGUUUUGAUGAAUUUUUCAGUGAGCUAAUUGGUGUGUCAGAGAAGUCGAUGAAUCAGAUGUUCACUAAGACUUAUGGACGCCUGUACACACAGAACACACGCCUCUUCCAACAGCUGUUCACACAGUUGAGACAAUACUAUAAAGACGGUGGUGUGUAUGUAUCAGAAGCUGUGUCAGAUUUCUGGACAGAAUUGGUGGAGCGGGUGUUCACUCUGCUGAACCCUCACUAUCACUUCAGUGUGGAUUAUCUGGAGUGUGUAAGCAAACACACACAGCAUCUUCAGCCAUUCGGAGAGCUGCAACGCAAACUCAGCACACAGUUGUCUCGUGCUUUAAUUGCUGCGAGGGCAUUAGUGCAGGGCCUCUCUACAGGGAGAGACAUUGUUAACAAAGCCAUUAAGUUUAGUGUAAAUGCAGAGUGUGGUAAAGCUUUGAUGCGUCAGUUGUACUGUCCUCUAUGUGGUGGGACUCCCUCUCUCCGGUCUUGCCACCCACUAUGCCUCAAUGUCAUGAAGGGCUGUCUGGCCAAUCAUGCAGAGCUUAACUCAGAGUGGAACCGCUUUAUUGACUCUCUCCUCUCUCUGGCUGAGAGACUCAAUGGACCAUUUAAUGUGGAACUGGCUGCUGACUCUGUAGCUGUGAAAAUCUCUGAAGCCAUCAUGCACAUGCAGGAGUACAGCAUCAGCAUAUCCACCAAGGUGUUUCAGGGUUGUGGGAAUCCCCGUCCGGCCCCCAGUAGAACCAAACGCUCACCUAAGGAACGAGAGAAAGAGCGUAAGACUGACAAAGAGCGAGACAGCAGGAGAACAUUCAGAACAUUCAGUCCAGAGCAAAAGCCAACAACUGCUGCAGGAACCAAUAUGGACCGAAUGGUGUUGGAUCUGCAGCAGCGUCUGAGGCCAAUGAGGGAGUUUUGGGUAAUGCUGCCCCACUCUCUCUGUAACGAAGACAAAAUGGCUGCUGAUGUGACCAAUGAGGAGCGCUGUUGGAAUGGAUACACACGUGGAAGGUAUCUGAUGAGUGUAACGGCUGAUGGUUUGGUGAACCAGCUGAACAAUCCAGAAGUGGAUGUUGAAAGUUCUCUGGACAUCAGAACCCGUCAGAUCCUUAUGGAGCUUCGAGUGGCAACACACCGACUCACACUCGCACACCAAGGAGUGGACACAGACACAGUGCACAGUGAUGAUGAGGAUGGUAGUGGAUCUGGAUUGGGUGAAGGAGAGGAGCUCUACAGGAAUGAUUGGCCCAGUUCGCCACGAAACCCUGCCCACCCUUACAAACCCCGCCCUUGGGACAGGAGUAGAGUUAAUGGUUCGGUCAGAGCAGCCGUUCAGAGAGCAUCACCUCUUUCCUGCUUCUCACUCUGCCUCUCUCUGCUCCUCUCUCUCAUCCUCCAGUGGAGAAAAUAAGUUACUGCAGUUUACAUUAAAAUGAAUCUGUCAUUUCCACAGACAGACUGAGAGACAGACAGAUGAAGAGACAGACUGAAAGUAGGACAGAAAGGGAGAAAAACUGAAGGAGAGAGACUGAAGGAUGGUGUAGCUGAUAAUCUCACACUGACUUUGUGUGUAUUUAUUAUGUGUGUAUGUGUGUAUGUGUGUGUGUGUGUGUGUGUGUGUGUGUGUGUAUUUUUUAUGUUAGUGAAUGUAUUGAUGAAUGUUUACACUCAGUAUGAAUAAAGUGUAUUUGAUACUGAUGUUUCUUAAAGUUUUGGUGAACCCAUCCACUACCCAGAAUCUUAGAGCGACAUUCACCAAUCAAUCACAAACAUUGCUGUUACCAUGGAGUCGAAGGUAAACAGUGACUUUUUGCUAAUGUUUCAGCAGUCUUGGUUCCAGAAGUCUCCUAGGGGAAACACUGCUCUGUGAUUGUAACACUAUAGUGUGACAUAUUAGGCCGUAGUUAGGUUACCUAGCUAUCAUAUUAGUCAGACUAAUUUAGACUAAGCUAGACUUAUAUAAAAUAUGAUAUGUACACAAAAUAUUUAAAAUCGAUGAGCACAAAUUCACUACGCCUAAUUCAAUUGUAUCUUUUAUCAAUGCUUUAAGUAAUCAUGAUUCUCUUUCCUUUUUUUUUUUUUUUACCCCUUCAGGAAAAAAUUAUAUAAGGUGGUGAUUUAUCUGAUAGCCAGUUGGUUCAGUUUGAUGCUUUAAAUAUUUAUGUAAGAAUUUUCUGGAAUGUCUUUGUAGGUUAUGAAAGAAAAGGAUACUUCUGGAACAAAGACUACUGAGAAAGUGGAAGUCACUGUUCAGCUCCAGUAAGCCUUAGUUGAAUGUUAAAGCUGAAUGUUUUGUUCUGCAUGUCCACAUGGUAGGACUCCAUUUUAGAGUAAGGUUUAGAAUUACAGUUGAAAUAGUUUGAUCACUGAGGUGGCUACAGACUGUGUUUGUUUGUUUGUUUGUUUGUUUGUUUAUUUAUUUAUUUGUGAAAAUAGUUCAAAGUUCAUAUGCUUCUCAGCAAUGUUCAGGGUCAGAGCUGUACACAUUUAUACACUUUAUUAUUAUUUUUUUCUAGAACAAACCAAUCCGACUUUUUUUUAUAAUGGAAUUUUGUAUGGAAAAUCCUAAUAAACUACAACCUGUUCUCUAAUUCUAGUCGAAGUACUCUCCAUUUUAAACACAAGCUACACUCUUUCUUCCGGCAAAGUCAACCUGAAAUAUCAUAAUAACAUGCAGAUCAGUACCCAAUAUAUCUAGUGGAAGUAGACUAUAUGGGCAAAGGUUUGUGGACACCUGACCAUGACACUCGUAUAUGCUUUCUGAACAUCUUAUUGUACCCAGAUGGUGUUAAUUUUAAAAAUUAUCAUAGGAAACAAGAAAGAGAUGAAAAUUUCUGACAGAUUUCGUAGGUUACAAUGUGAUGUGUCAUUUUAUCCAUUGGUUUAAUUUUUUAAAUUGUUUUUCACCUUACCCACAUCACCUCUUCUCCACCUAUUGUAUUGAUCCAGUUGCUUUCAAAAUGCCAUCAUCGCAAAUUCUUAGAUGAACAGUUUGGAGAAAAAAUCAAUAUGUAUAUCAUGCUCAACUUAGUUCAUCAGCAAAGACAUGUUUGGUUCCUGAAGUUUGUACUGGAGUUAGGAAGAGAAUAUCCAUCCAUCCAUCUUCAACCGCUUACUCCUUUUCAGGGUCGCGGGGGAACCUGGAGCCUAUCCCAGGAAGCAUCGGGCACAAGGCGGGGUACACCCUGGACAGGGUGCCAGUCCAUCGCAGGGCACAAUCACAUACAAACUCACACACCCAUUCAUACACUACGGACACUUUAGACACGCCAAUGGAAGAGAAUAUAAAUAAUAAUAAAAAGCCAGCCCUAAGUGACACUUCUUUCAUUUGUGGUCUAGCCACACACACACAGGGCAACUUUCUGGAGGUGCAUGAGAUGCUCUGCCUAGGUCUUUGAUUGACUGGCAACAACAUAGAGGUAGGCCCCAUGGAACCUAAAAGGCAGGACCUAAUACUGCCAGAAUCCACUGGCCAUGGAAAAAACACUUUCAGGGUUAGCAUUUGGCACAAGGGGUAUCUGGCAAUAGCCUAGGGUGAGAUCCAUGUUAGAAGUGUUCCACCCCAGCCAUUUGAUUAGUUAAUUCACCAGAGGCAUUGGGUAGAUGCAAACUCUGAGUUCUUAUUGCACCUCUUGAAAUUGUUACAGAACCUUCCAUCCAGUUUUGGUAUUAUAACUAUGUGUGUGAUAGGACUGAUGCUCCUGGUUGUGCCCUGAUGGGAUCUUGAAUUAGAGUUAGAGACAUUAGAGACAUCACUACUUUGGCGUUAAAGGUCCUGCAGUUCUUUUUGUGGGGCUCAG